AUGUUUUAUUUUUGUCCCUUCAAUAUUCUUUCAUUUAUUUAUUCAGUUCUUUUACUUUUUUCAUUUUUCUGUGACAUUGUUACAAUUGUUGCUUCUUUGUAUUUUUAUUUUCCUUCUUUCGUUUGCAUUUUUUCUUUUGUCAUUUUUAUAUCUCUGCUAUUUUUUCUUUCUUUUAAAAUACUUAAUUCUUUUUUUCUUUCUUUUGAAAUGAUCAUCUUUUUCUUCUUUCUUUCCCAGAAUUUUAUUUCGUUAUUUUUUCAUUCUAAGGAAAUUAUUGUUCAUUUCUUUCUUUCUUUCUUUCUUCCGUUCUUUCACAUUCUUUCUUUCUUUCUACAUUAUUAUGUUUACAGUCUUUCUUUCUUUCUUUCUACAUUAUUCCGUUCUUCUUCCUUUUUCCGCCGUUCUUUCUACAUUAUUCCUUCGGGAUUAUUCUCUCACGAAGCCGUUCUUUCUUUCUUUCUUUCUUUCCCCCUUUCUUUCUUUCUUUCUUUCUUUCUUUCCCCCCUUUCUUUCUUUGUUUCUUUGUUUCUUUCUUUCUUUCCCCCCUUUCUUUCUACAUUAUUCCUUUGGGAUUAUUCUCUCACGAAGCCUUUCUUUCUUUCUUUCUUUCUUCCAUUCUACAUCUUCCUUUUUCCGCCGUUCUUUUUCUCCCCCACAUUCAUUGUCUCAAACCCGUACCCAUUUUCCCCAAACCCUCACUCCAUUGUUCCAAGUAUUUUUUGCAUUUACUCUAUACUCCAUAACGUGUUUAAUCCAGCUGAUGUGAUUUUGCUUUCGAGUCCAGUAGCAGUUAUCUGGCUUUCCAGUCCAGUAUAUAUUAUCUCUCUUUCCAGACAAGUAACUGUUGUCUCUCUUUCCAGUCUAUCAGUUGUUAUCGUCUUUCCAGUCCAGCAGCUCUUAUCUCUCUUUCUAGUCCACCAGAUGUUAGCUCUCCUUUCAUUCAGUGGCUAUUAUCUCUCUUUCCAGUUCAGUAGUAGUUAUCGCUCUUUCCAGUCUUCGUUAUCUCACUUUCCAGUCUAG